AUGGCGCAGAGGUCCGUCACAGGCCAGGAGCACCACACCAUGCUCCGGGCGGGGGUUAAGACUUACCCCGCCCUGGGCCAGGAGCACCAUACCGUGCUCCGGGCGGGGGUUAAGACUUACCCCGCCCUGGGCCAGGAGCACCAUACCGUGCUCCGGGCGGGGGUUAAGACUUACCCCGCCCUGGGCCAGGAGCACCAUACCGUGCUCCGGGCGGGGGUUAAGACUUACCCCGCCCUGGACCAGGAGCACCACACCAUGCUCCGGGCGGGGGUUAAGACUUACCCCGCCCUGGGCCAGGAGCACCAUACCGUGCUCCGGGCGGGGGUUAAGACUUACCCCGCCCUGAGCCAGGAGCACCAUACCGUGCUCCGGGCGGGGGUUAAGACUUACCCCGCCCUGGGCCAGGAGCACCAUACCGUGCUCCGGGCGGGGGUUAAGACUUACCCCGCCCUGGACCAGGAGCACCACACCAUGCUCUGGGCGGGGGUUAAGACUUACCCCGCCCUGGACCAGGAGCACCAUACCGUGCUCCGGGCGGGGGUUAAGACUUACCCCGCCCUGGACCAGGAGCACCACACCAUGCUCCGGGCGGGGGUUAAGACUUACCCCGCCCUGGACCAGGAGCACCAUACCGUGCUCCGGGCGGGGGUUAAGACUUACCCCGCCCUGGACCAGGAGCACCACACCAUGCUCCGGGCGGGGGUUAAGACUUACCCCGCCCUGGACCAGGAGCACCAUACCAUGCUCCGGGCGGGGGUUAAGACUUACCCCGCCCUGGACCAGGAGCACCACACCAUGCUCCGGGCGGGGGUUAAGACUUACCCCGCCCUGAACCAGGAGCACCACACCAUGCUCCGGGCGGGGGUUAAGACUUACCCCGCUCUGAGGGAAGAGCCCCACACCAUGCUCUGGGAUUAG